GAGAGAGGCAUAGCUUUUCACUGUCCCAACCCACCCACCGACCUGUUGGGUAAUUUACCCCUCUCGCUUUGGUCUUUUAACUUUGUUUUCUCUCUCUUUUAGGAAGAAUGGCUAAUGGGUAACUUAGAUCUCUUCUCUCUGCUCGUCCUCUUCUUCGUCAAGUAAUAAUCCCCCAUUGGGUUUCCUUCGACCAACAGCUUCAGUGGUGGCUUUUUCAUAUUUCACCAUUGAAGAAGAAGGAUGUAUCCCAGACUAAUACACUCACACGAAGGGAUGGUUGGUCAGGAAGACAUGCAGGGUGGGUCCAACCAUGGCCUCAACAACAACGGAGACCCUUGUCUGGUGUUGACCGCCGAUCCCAAACCUCGUCUCCGCUGGACCCAGGACCUCCAUGAACGAUUCGUCGAUGCUGUUACUCAGCUUGGGGGCGCCAGCAAAGCUACACCAAAAGCAAUCAUGCGAACCAUGAAUGUAAAGGGUUUGACUUUAUUUCAUUUGAAGAGUCAUCUUCAGAAAUACAGACUUGGCAAGCAAUCAGGCAAAGAUAUGGUUGAAGGAUGCAAAGAUGGAAUAUCAGGUUCAUAUCUUUUAGAAAGCCCUGGUGCUGAUAACUCUUCCCCAAAGUUGCCAACUACUGAUACAAAUGAGGGUCAUGAAAUCAAGGAGGCUUUAAGGGUACAGAUGGAAGUGCAAAGUAAACUACAUUUGCAAGUAGAGGCAGAGAAGCAUUUGCAGAUUCGCCAGGAUGCAGAGCAAAGAUACAUGGCCAUGCUCGAAAGAGCCUGCAAGAUGCUUGCUGAUCAGUUUAUUGGUGCUACGGUUAUAGACACAGACAGCCAAAAAUUUCAAGGACAUGGAUGUAAAGCACCAAGAGGUCCCUUUGUUGACCCUCUUGGCUUUUACUCAUUACCAUCUACUGGCACAACCGGAGCAGUUCAGGCGCCUAGAGAAGAAUUACCAAAUCUUCAUUCCCAAAGGGCUGAUUGUUCAACCGAAAGUUGCCUAACAUCGCACGAGAGUCCUGGAGGUUUGACACUAGAAGGAUCUCCCAUUAGUGGGGCAAACAAGAGGAUACUGAGCUUGGAAUCCAUGGCAGCAACCCCUUUGAUCUGGAGCGAAGCCUCCAUGAGAACUCAAGGCAUAAAUGUGGCCCAAGGUAACCUGCAUGGAAUAACUAGGUAUGGAAUGUAGGGUAUGGAAGAUCUUCACAUAGUCAUGAUAAAGUGAGACCUUAGGGCUUGAUUUUCUUUUCAGAGGAUUAGUGCAUGGAUUCUAAGCUGUUUUUAUUGAAAGAAAUCUAACUCGUCUCAUUUAUGUAAAUUCUUAACACUCACUCUUGUGCUUAUUAAACAUUAAGAAGUGGCAUUGUAUGUCGUCUUUAGUUCA